CCUCAGUUAGUGUGUAUUAGUGGUGCUGUGCGUACUGUACGUCCCUGCCUUAUCCUUUAUAUUCCAUGAUAUGACAACUACUUACAUUAGACUAAUUUUAUAAAAUAUAUCUUUUAAUAAAUACUGAUUUGUGAAUUUAGUUCUACGCAUUACUAAGUUGAUUUCAUAUACAUUCGAAAGAAUGAAAAUAAAGAAUAUAAAAUGGAACCAAUACACAAAGAUAUUUUAGAAAAACUCCACGAAAAAAUAUCUGAUAUUAAUGUCGAUAAUGGUAUUGUAUCAUUUCUACAAUUAAAUGGCAUUUUAACUGAUUCGGAUAUCGAUGCCAUUAACAAACAAACUUAUCAGAUAGACAAGGUCACAACUCUGCUAAAUAUCCUGCCAGAACGAGGUUCACGUGCCUUUGAUUGUUUUUAUCAAUCUCUCAAAAAACAUUACUAUUGGCUAAGUGACGAGAUGUUGAGAAUGACGUCGGGUGAAGAUGUAGAUUCGAGGGGAUGUACAUCACCAAUGACGCCUGCUAUGCCAACAUUCACAAUUGACAGAACGGAAAAGAAGGAACAGCUUAGACAUGCACUGAGAAAUUUGCUACCAGGCAGUUACGUUGUCUUGCACGGUAUGAAAGGAUACGGAAGAACUCGUCUGACGGCUCAAACUCUCAAUGAUCGACCACUAAUUACCGAAUUAUUUAAUAAUGAAAUUUAUUGGAUAAAAUUCGGUUCUGAGGGAGCUAACACAGUUGAAGAUGAAAUUUUAACUCAAUUACAACAACUCUAUGAUAAAGUAGAAAAACGUGAGGUAUCAUUAAAUUUGGGUAAAUUGAAAGAUGAAAUGUGUUCAAUGUUGAAACGUCAUUUUAAUUUAAACCACAAUUCGCUAUUAAUUCUCGACGAUGUUUAUGAUAAAAAAAUAAUCGAAGUAUUCAAUUUCGGAUGUAAAACGCUCGUAAUAACAACUGACACUGAAAUAUUGUGUCACAACAAUAAUGUGCGUAAAGAAGUUAUUAAAAUGGAAGAAGGAUUUACAGAAGCCGAGAGUUUAGAUUUAUUUGCUCGAUCAUUAGAUACACAAGUUGAUUUGCUACCACCUGAGGCGAAAGACAUUCAUUAUGAGUGCAAUGGUAUGCCGAUACUAAUCGAUAUGUUUGCGGCACAAUUUAUAGAAUAUAAGGAAGAUAUGAUAAAAUGCCGCGACCGCUGGCAAUAUUAUUUAAAGGCAUUGCGUAAAAAGGAUGCGUCUAAUGCUGUAAUGGAAAAAUUUUUACGUAACCAAUCAAAUACAUUUGAUGUAUGCAUCGGUCGUUUAAAGCCUGAUCUAUGUGAAUAUUACAAAAGCUUAGCAAUAUUUAGCGAAGAUAUUAAUAUAAUGCCAAAAACAUUAGAAAUUUUAUGGAAUGAAUCAAAAUUCAAAGUUGAAGAUAUAUUGGUUAGUUUGUGCUAUAAAUCACUUGUUGUUAAAUACUGGAACUCUGAUUUAAAUUCAUAUAUUUAUGGUGUACACGAUUUAUUGCUUCGUCAUUUGCGCAGCCUAUUUGAUAAAAGACAAUUAUCAUCCAUGCAUCGUGAAUUCGUUAAAAAAUUGUAUACAAUUUGUAAAAAUGAUUUCUCAAAAUUUCCUAAAGAUAAUUACACUUACGCGUAUAUUGGACACCAUCUUGAGCAAGCGGAAAUGUUUAAAGAUUUUGAAAAAUUGUAUCUGGAUUUUAAUUUUAUCCAGGGUAAAAUUAGCAACAGUGGAGUUAAUGAUUUGUUAAUUGAUUUAAAAAAAUAUCGUAACCACAUAACAGGCAAUAAUGAAAAUAUUGAAAGGAAAGUUAGAGAUUUAGAAGAGUUUUUACAAACCCAAACAAAAACUUUGGCUGUAUAUCGUCAACGUAAUUGCCUUGAUUUAGUACAGAUAGCAUUGAAUCAUCCACGUGGUUAUUGCUAUGAGACCGCCCGUUCAAUAGCACAAUCACAAAAAAAUAAAUUGUAUCUAAAAAAUACUCAUCAACCUUCUAAAUUGCAUAACCCAAUAGCUGAAGAACUAAAUAUGGAAUUUUCUACAGUUAAUUUCACGGAUAAUCCAAAUCAAAUUUUAAUUGGAACCAAGACAGGUUUAAUUAUGUUGUGGAAUUGUAAUAAGAAAAAACAAACGCCAUUUUGUGGUUUCAAUAAAUCGAAAAUUGUUAAAGUUAUUGUGUCACAAAAUGGUAAAUUUUUUAUUGCUCUAAAUAGUGAAUCAAUAGUAAAAUAUUUUACUUUAAAAACUGAUAAUGAUGAUGAUGAUGAUGAUAAUGAUGAUGAUGAAAAUGAAAAUGAAAAUGAAUAUGAAUUGAAUGAUAAUUAUUCAGAUAAUAAUCAUUCACAUACACCACGGGAAAAACAAACAUUUUGGUACCCGAUUGUUCCACGACAAACAAACACUAGUUCAGUAACUUACGAUACGAACGGUGAAUUAAUAACAGACAUGACACUGAGUUCAGAUGAUAAAAGACUAGCUGUUUGUACGACUAAAGGCACUAUUAUAGUUUGGGACGUCGACGGCAAACAGAAGGCGUCAAUACAUGAAAAAAAUAUGAGCUUUCAAAAACUAACAUUCGCUAAACAGUCUCGUCAAUUACAUGUAGUUGAUACUAAGGGCACAAUCACAGUGUAUUUAUGGGAUGGAAAUAAUUAUGACUAUAAAACUCGUUAUCAUCCAUUUCAGAGGAGUGGCGAAGAGUCUUCAGUUGAUAUAGAAGUUAUAUAUCUUAAAGAAAAAAUAGACCCGGACGAAACAAGUUUGAUUUAUUUAACACGCGAUACAAUUCUUAUGAUAGUAUGGAGCAUCGAUACAAACGGUAAUCUAUGUAGUCCUGCAAAACGUCAAUUUUAUGAAGCAAUUGAUACUAAAUUUAACGAAGCUACACUAACACACGACGGCAAUUAUUUGGUUGUUAGCAAUACUGACUCUUUAUUGCGUGUUUUGAAUUUUGAAUAUGGACUGGAACCAGUAGCUUACUAUCCAGAUUGUACUGUUUCACUGGAUACUUAUUAUGAUUUUGAUUGCCAGCACCACUUAAUUAUAAGUGGUGAUAAACAUUCCGUCCAACGUUGGAAAUUUGACAUAAAAUACAUAGAAAGUUCACCACAGUCGCUUAUAAGACCAUUGUUUGAUGCCAUCAUGAAACCAUUGGGACAACCAAAUAUUGUAGCACAAGAAAUCGUCGGGAAAAAAAUAGGAUUGUAUAUUGAUGAAAAUUUGCAAGUUGAGACUGACAAUUUCAUAGGAAAAAUAGUAACACUGAAUUUAAGCCCAGAUGGAAAUAAAAUACUUUACACGAUUAAAAAUGAAACAUUCAGAAAUGAAACAUCAAGAAAAAUUACAGAGUAUAAAAUUUGUUUGUAUGAUGUCACAACUAAAAAAAUAACUGAAAUAUUGUCAUCAUUCACAGAAUUUCCACACUUAGUUAAAUUUAUUCAAGUUCAAAAUGAGCUGGCUAUUGUUUGCAAACAAGAAGAUAAAUUGUUUUACAUCUAUAAAGGAGCUAAGAUAUGUUUGAAGGAAACUAGCAAUAUUAUUAACUUGCACACCAUUAAUAAUAAAUACGUGGUUGGUGUUACACGUGAUGAAAUAAUUAAAAUCUGGGAGAUGAAAGAACAAACAUGGAUCCAAUUAUGUCAAAUUAGAAAUACAGAACUAAAUUUACACAGACUACAAGGCCCUCAUGUUAGUUACAGUGCAAUUAAUUUAAAAAAUAAUAUGAUCGCCAUUUUAAAAAGUAAUUAUCAAAUGGCUAUAUAUUUUAUUGGUUAUGAUAAGUCGAAUAUACCAGGGAUGUUGGCAAAACUUGAUAAUACACAUUUUACAUUUACUAAAAAAUUAACAUGCUGUGCUUUUUCACCUGAUGACAAAUAUCUCGCUAUUGGAAUGGACGAUGGCAAUAUAGCAAUUUUCAAUAUAGAUGAACGAAAAGCUUAUGAAAAAGAAUUGAAACUCCAUUGUAAUUCAAUUUUACAAUUACAAUGGGCACCAUUGUCUAUAGGGACGUCUAUUUUACUAUCAAUUAAUUGUGAUGAGUUAGCCUGGUGGAAUAUCGCAUUAUUAGAAAAUAAAACUAAAAAAAAACCAAAACGUAGCCGUACUGGGAUAGUAAGAAGCUCAACAGUACCAUUGCUUGAAUUAGAACUGCCAUCAAAUAUACAAAUGCGUAAUAGCCAAACAGCAGAUGCCAAUUUAUCAAGCGCAUCCACAUCAAGUCUUGAUAGAAGAAUUAAUGAUAUUAAUAUUAGUAAUGGUAAUAAUCCAAGUGAUAAUAUGAGCAAUGGCAAUGGUACCCGUGAUAAUGGAACAAGUAGUAAUGAACAAAUAAAUAAUGGAGAAACACAAAAUUACUGGGCAUUGAAGACUUGUAAAAACCGAAAUCGACCAGCAUUAUUAGGAUUAAUACGUUUGCCACCUAAUUGCCGUGCUAAGGUAUGUGUUUCGAGUGAUUUUUAUAAAUUUUUACUCGUCGAUGUUCAUGGUUCUAUCAACUGUUUCGAAUUAUUUGAUGUUUCUUCAACUGUGUAGGUAAUUAGUAUAUUACACACCUAGGGAGGAAAGUAGGACAUUCUAACCCACGUGUAUACGAAAAGAUUAGAAGCCAACUGGUUACUGUUCUGCAUCCGACCCUGUACGGUGCAGAACAGAAACCAGUCGGGUUCUAAUCUUUCUGUGUAAUUUUCUACCCGACCCGAAAGCGAGGGUAGCAAACACACGGAUUGAGACGUCCUGCUUUCAUCUGUGGUGUGUAUAGAAUUGUUCACCAGAUCUAAACCUGAAAAUUUUAAUUUUUGCCUCUGUUUGCGAGAAGAAUGACGCAUGUGCUAAUUUUUGUCACAUGUUUUCUCAUAAAAGAAAAGUAAGACUUUCUUCCCUUUAAACAGAGCAGGAAUGUAAACUUUCGGUGAAGGUAUGGUAAAAAUAAACUUUUUUUACGCAGUGUCAAAAAAAUUAUUGUACGCUCGUAUUUUUUUUUUUACAUUUCUGUUGUUAAAUACUUGAUAAUAUGAUAAUUUUUUUUGAUACUGUUAUUUUAAAAAUAUAUUAUAGUUAUUCUUAAUAAUAAGAGUCAAAAAGCUGUUGUGAUUUACAAUAGUAAGAAAAAGAAAUAUCAUAUUCAUAAUCAAUGACUCGAGAGGAUUUAAGUACCUUAACGUUACCACUACAAAUUAAACCAGGAUGUUAAAUUGAGUAAUAAAUAGAUAAGCAAUAUCAGUUUUCCAUUAUUAAUCAUAAUGAUUUUUACAUUAAUUACAUAAAUAUUAACUCAUUAAUGCAUAACUAUUCAUUUUCGGCUAACAUAGUUGAUUAAUUUUUUUUUAAUAUCAAUAGCAUUUAAGUCAAAAUAAAAGUUUAUAAACAAAAGGGUUUAGUCGAUGAUUAAUUUGAAUAUCAUACUAAUUACUAAUAUUCUACUACUUCUUUUAAAAUUUUUCAUACAAUAUUUCGUCUAAAAAAUUUAAUACUGAAUUUAUUUUAAUUUUUUAUUCUUUGAUAAAAAUUUUAAUUUAUGGGCAUAAAAAUAUUCAAAUAUUUAUAUUCUAAUGUAUUUAAUCCAUCGUAUAUUUAAAUUAUUCAAAUAUAUUAACGACUAAACUCUUUACCAAAAAAAGUUAAAAAAAAAAUAAAAAAGUCCAGUGCAUUACGAAAUUUGCUCUCUCUCAAAAAAAAAAAGAUAAAUAAGUAAUUUAUAGAUAAUGUAAUAAAUAUAGGGUAAACCAUCCGGUCUCUAGCCUUCUAAGCAAUAAUUAUAUAUUUAUAAGCUGCAAAAACUUCAAAAAUUUUUUAUAAAUUCUUUAGCAAUUAAACGUUCAUUUAAAUUUACUCUUAAUUUUCCAUUCAAAAAAAAUUUAAUAGAUAAAAGGUAACUGAGAUGAUAGUGAAUUAAUCUAAUUAAUAAUAAAAUAAAUAAUUAUUGAUCUAAAAAUGAUUUGGUCAUUAAAAUUCAUAAGAAGGACGGCGAUCGGGUAAUUUAUCCUAUAUUAUUUAAAAUGAUUAUUGUGCUACUACGAUUAAUUAUUGUGUACAAAUAUGUGCCUUGUUAUUAUCUCAAAGAGAUUGAUAACGUGAUCAUCAUAACAACAAUAAGGAUAUGGAUAUAAUUUUUCAAAUUAAAUUAUACAAUUGUAAUUACGUUGUACUUAUGGCCAAAGAAAAAUUAAUACUCUAUAUCCUUUAGUUUGUAGCCAUUUAAACAAAAGUAAAAAAAAAAUUGAUAUUUUAUAAAACACGUUUUUUAUUCAUAUAUUUAAAUAAUUAAUAAUAUCGAAAAAUGGAUAAAGAAUAAUCUCAUAACAAUAGUAAUAUACGUACGCAUUUAUUUUUAAAGACUCAAUUUGAAAUUAAACGAUUGCAUUUACUGCCGCAUUUACAAUAGAUUUUUUUAAUAGAAUUUUUUACACAUUUUCUACCGGAUCUCAUAUUUUUUCCCCCCAAGAUUCAAGACUAUUUUCGAUUUUUUUUUUACUACAAUAGUUAUAAUUAUUUACGCUCAAAAAUAAUUGAACUGAGUUUAUUUCUAAGUGUAUUUAAUAAUAAUAUAAUAAAGCAAAUAUUAAAUAUUAAAAUAUAUCUAAUUAUAUUACUGCGCAUGAUAAUAAAAAAAACUUUUUAAAAAAAGCAAUUAAUUAUUAUUAUAGUGGUGCAAUUAUAUCAUUGUUUAUAAUAAUAAUUAUUAAUAAAGUUUAAAAUAAUAUAUUUUAUAAAUAUUCAAAUCGGCUGUAUAAUUUAAUUUAAAAGAGAUCAAAAUUAUUAUAAAUUUUAAAAAUUAAUUAAUUUGUUUUCAUAAAUUAUAUUUUAAUUAUAAAUAUGGUAAUUAUAUAUUUUGCCGUUUUGAAUUCCGUUAGACUUAAGCCAAUACAUGUAAAUAUCCAGAUGAAAAUGGUCCAUUGAAUUUACUUAUACAUACAAUUUUCUUUUUUUUUAGCUUCACUAACGAUCAAAAAAAAAUUCAAUUUUGAUAAAACUUUUUAUACUAACAAUAUUAUUACUACUAUUUAAAUUAUUUAGAAUAAUUUUAUAAAGACUUAGAUAUAAAGAAUGGAUCCUUCUCAUUUGGAUACUCAAUUAAAAAUUUCAAGAUAAUUUUUUCAAUAGAAUAUAAACACUAUUCUCACUCCAUGUAAGUAGUACAGUAUUAUAAUAUCAAAUCAAACGUUAUUAAGGAUUUAGAGUAAGGUACUCGUGAUCAUAAAAAAAAAAAUAGUAAUAUUUUCAGUUGAGUGCGGCAAAGUAUUUUUUGUAAAAUGCGUGAUAAAUCUUUGGUGAAAUGCGUUGAACGUAUUAUUCACUAUUGAUAUAAUAUUGUAUAGGGUUAUUGUUAAGUUGAUAUUAAAGCACAAAAAAAAUUAUUAUUAAAAAAAAAAAUUAAUAUUGACUUGAAUAAUACCCAAUUAAUAUGGGUAUAGUGUAAUAAUUAUUGCUGUGACAAUAUUACAGUAAAAAUAUCUCGAUCUUUUUAGAUAAUACUAUAACUCUAAUUGAAUUAAGAUAUAAUUUGGCUUUGUAAUAAUUUGUUAAUAUUAAAUAGAAAUAAUCAUUUAACCCGGUCUUUAUUUCUUAAAAUUUAUUAAUUAGCAGGCUGCAACCAGUCGAUUUUUAAAAAUUUGAAUUAAUUCUAAUAAUGAUAAAAUUUCAGAAUGAAAUAAAAAUGCUAUUCGGCAUCCGAAAUGGAAGUAGAUUUCUCAUUACUUGAAUAAAUUAUUUUUUGACAUUUUUUAUAAAUUCCAAUCAAAAAAUGCUAAAGAUAAAAUAAUGAAAUUUUGGCCAUAACACAAAAAACAAUCAUAUAACUUUAACCCUUCACUAAAAUUUGAAAAACUACUGUAAAAAACGAAAACUGUAGUUUAUUUUAUCAGCUCUGACAUUCUUUUAACACAACAGGGAUAAAUGUUUCUGUUUAAAAGCAAUUGAAGAAAAAAAAACACGGAAAUAGAAUUUUUUGUUAUUUUUAGAAUUUGAAAGAUCUAUUUGUAAACUACUUGAGCGAUUUUGCUCAUCUUUGAACUUAACCGAGAUAAUUGUUUAUAGAAUAAGUGUGCCAAGUUUCAUUAAGAUCCGUUUAGAUCUAUGGAUGCUAUCAUCACAUCAAGAUGUGUUACAUUACAUAUAUAUAUAUAUAUUAACUUUUGAACCAAUGGUAUUUUUAAAAUCUACCCGACGAAUUAUGAUGAAUAAUGGCGAAAUUUUUUGACAAUUCCACCAUAAGAACAAAUGCAAUAGAUAGAUUUCUAUGAAAUCUACUUAAAAUAAAAAUCUUAUCAUUGUAAUUAUGAAUUGUAAAAUUAAUUUUAUGAGAAAGAUCGAAUGUAUUAAUUUUUACUGUUAAUAAGUAUAACUUUUAAAUU